UCUUCCUUUAUCGCCACGAAGGUGAUUCGGUGUGAAACACUAGAUAUUAAUUGACUGCUCUGCAGUGGUCGAAGUGCAGUUUAUAAUUUUUGUCAUGUAAAUUGUUUUGACCUUGGUAGCACUAUCCUUUGAACAUGAAAGCGAUCGCGAUAAUCGCCCUGUGCAUGGCACUCGGCCAUUUCCAUGGUGCAGAGUGUCUACAAUAUGUUCAAGUCUUUCGGGAUGAUUUCACUCCCAACCAUGCCAUUGACGGUUCAAAAUGGAACGUGAUCACUAAACCCAGCACGGUCAACGAGGAGCUGCAACAUUACGUGUAUGAUGAUGUUUGGCAGGAGCACGGAUUUAUCUUCCUACGCGGUCAACGGCGCAGCUGGGGCGGACGUCAAUACACAUCCGGUCGGGUGGAUACGCAGAACAAAUUUCAGUUUCUGUAUGGGGAAGUAGAAUGGCGUGCCAAACUGCCACUGGGGAAAGGCAUGUGGCCGGCUCUCUGGCUGUUGCACUUCCAGUGUCCUCCAGCCUCACCCUGUCCUGGGACUUGGCCCCCGGAAAUCGAUGUUAUGGAAUUCCGUGGUGACAUUCCCAACAAGGUGACAACAACGGUUCAUUUUGGGCGAUACCCCAACAACGGUCAUGAUGGUCGUGAUUUCUGGGGUCCGGAUUUUACUGCGGACUUCCACAACUACAAGGUCAUCUGGGAUCCCAAUCAGAUUGUAUGGUUUGUGGAUGGUCAAGAAGUCUUCAAAGUAACCGAUGCGAACAAAAUCCCACAUGAGCCCAUGUAUCUGAUUAUGAAUUUAGCCGUGGGCGGAUGGUUUGGUGGUAAUCCAGACGGUUCGACACCAUUUCCGGCACAUUUCAUUAUUGACUGGGUAACCGUGCAUCGAUGGCAGUAAAGCGGGGCUGGGUUCGAAGUGUACUCUUCGGAUCGCUUUACGCUACAUCAAUUGAAAAUAAAUAGUUUGUCAAUAAAAUAUGCUUUUUGGAUUCCUGUUCAUGUGCAUUAAUAAAAAUCGUCUUUUCAAACACCAGAGCGUCGGAAACGUGUAGCUAUAGUGUAUAAAUAGCUUACUGCAGGUACUGUAAGCAAUGCAAAUAAGCUACAUGUAUUGAUAAAAGCAAUCGUAUUG